AGUGACCUACCGGAAUCACAACAAUGGUCGCCCGCGGUUUUAGGAUUUUUCUUCCCGUGCUUUUUUAAAGCAUUUCACGCGUAUUAUUGUCCGCCUGUGUGUUCCAACGUGGCGGAGAUGGAUAGACGCCUCCCUCAACGAUUCGUUUAAAAAGUAAGACAGCUCCCGAGCGGGCCAAAAUGAGCGACGUAGUGGAGAAAACCCUGACAGCUCUGCCGAGCCUGCUGUCUUUCGACUCUCAACCGGGCGCUGCCAAACUAUCUUCCACCUCCAAAUUGGCAAGCCUCAUCAGAGGAAUCACAGAGUUAACAUCCAAGCAUGAGGAAGAGAAGCUGAUUCAACAAGAACUGGCCGCAAUUAAAGAUCAAGUGUCGUCCCCUAACACAUCCAUGAGGCAGAUGAAGGAGCUCAUGGUGCGAGCCAUCUACUGUGAAAUGUUGGGCUAUAAGGCUUCCUUCUGUUACAUUCAUGCCAUAAAGCUGGCUCAACAAGGCACCGCGUUGGACAAGAGAGUUGGUUACCUCGCCGUGGCCUUGUUUCUUAAUGAAAGUCACGAGCUCCUCCUCCUCCUUGUAAAUACCGUCUUAAAGGAUCUCCAGAGCACAAACCUCAUUGAAGUGUGCAUGGCCCUCACUAUUGUUAGCCAGUUGUUCCCCAAAGAUAUGAUACCUGCGAUCCUCCCUCUUGUGGAAGAGAAGCUCACUCACCCGAAAGAAAUCAUUCGACGAAAAGCAGUCCUGGCACUGUACAAAUUUUACCUAAUUGCACCCAAUCAAGUUCAGCACAUCCACAACAAGUUUCGCAAAGCUUUGUGUGACAAGGAUCCGGGUGUUAUGACGGCCUCACUGCACAUCUACUUACAGAUGAUCAAAGAGAAUCCAGAACGUUACAAGGACUUGACAGACAGUUUUGUCACCAUUUUGAAACAAGUGGUGGGUGGAAAACUGCCAAUGGAUUACAACUAUCAUAGUGUUCCUUCUCCUUGGCUUCAAAUCCAGCUACUCAAGAUUCUAUCCUUGCUUGGGAAAGAUGACCAGAGCACAAGUGAGAUAAUGUACGAAGUCCUUGACGAGUCUUUACGACGAGCCGAGAUGAACCACAACAUCACUUAUGCAAUAUUGUACGAGUGUGUGAAAUGUAUUUACACAAUUCAUCCAAAGCAUGAACUCCUGGAAAAAGCUGCAAAAUGUAUUGGUAACUUUAUUCUGUCGCCAAAGAUUAACCUGAAAUAUAUAGGCUUGAAAGCACUCACCUACGUGGUCCAGCAGGAUCCUAAACUGGCCCUGCAGCAUCAGAUGACCAUCAUUGAAUGCCUUGAUCAUGCCGACCUCAUCAUCAAGCGUGAGACACUGGAGUUGCUCUUUAGGAUCACAAACGGCAAGAAUGUCACUGUCAUUGUGGAGAAAUUGCUGGAGUUUCUGCGCACCAGUAAAGACGACUACACGACCAUUGACCUGAUGGGGAAGGUGGCAGAAGUGGCUGAAAAAUAUGCACCUGACAACAAGUGGUUCAUUGGCACAAUGAACACUGUCUUCUCACUGGGUGGAGACUUGAUGCAGCCCGACAUCCCCAACAACUUUCUCAAACUGAUCUCAGAAGGGUUUGAUGAUGGGGAACAAGACAGGAUGUUGAGGCUAUUUGCAGUGGAUUCCUAUGUGUCUCUGCUACAGGGAGAGCCUGAGAGACUGCCUCAGCGUUUCCUCCAGGUCAUCAGCUGGGUCCUUGGAGAAUAUUCUCAUUUGAGAGAUGAUCUGGAACCUGCCACUGUUGUGAGACUUCUGGCCAAUGUUUUGGACUUGAAGCAGGCCAGCAGUGAAACGAAGAGCUGGGUCCUCUUGGCAAUGACAAAGCUCUGUGAGGGCGAGGCGGCCAAGCCUGUGCUUCAGGGAGUUUCCGAAACAUUUUGCAGCUCCAUGGACACAGUGCUGAGGCAAAGGGCUCAGGAACUACAGAACCUCCACUUGAAUCCUGAGUUGUGGGCCAGGGUGCUACCUCGAGAUGCCUUCACGGAGCCUCUGGAGGUUGAUUCAUCUUUGUCAUUUUUGGAUGAGUAUGUGUCUGAAGCGCUGGCUGCUGGUGCCGCUCCUUAUAAGUCUCCACACCAACGUCAGGAAGAACUCGCUCAGGCAAAAGCUGUCAGCAUGGAGCCCUACAGCCUGUCGCUACCUGUCAGCAUGUCCUUGAGCAGCUUAGACGGCAGACAGUCCCCCACCUUGCCCUCAAUGAGCUCUGGUCUGUCAGGUGACAGUACCGACCACUCCCACAAAGCGGGUACAACAACUCUAAAGCUGGAUAAAGUGAAGCGAGUGUGGGGGAGGGAGGGCUACCUGGCCCAGAGGGAAUCUGCAGCGGUUGAAGUGCCCGGUCCCGUCCAUUCAGCCGACCAGAUCGAGGAAGUCGGCAUCACACAGAAUCCUACCCCACCGCCAGUCGCGGAUCAAGAAAAACAGCAGCUGGCAUCUUCAUUGUUUGUCGGCCUGGGCUCCCAAACAUCUUCGUCCUUGAUGGGAAAGUCUGAGCCAAAACAUCAGAGGUUGAGGAAAAAGGCUAAAGAUCCGGUCUCCUCCUCAGAGAUCAGCAAGCAGACAUCCAACUCUAUCAUUCCUCCUCCCAACAGCCUCGAUAACCUGCUGUGUAACUCCAACAUGGACCCAAAGAGGUCCUUACCCUCAUGUACGCAGAUGACUGAAAGUUUUCAGGGCUCCGCGGCGGCUAAUGGUACCUGCGCCGCAGAGGGGGAGUUCACAGAGUGCGACGUGCAGGGACCUGAGCCCAGUCUCAUCAGGGACAACCGUUUAACCGUUGCUGGAUCUUGUGAGACGGAAGAACCAGCGGGAAUGAAAGACUUGUGUCUCACCUCUUAUCUCCCUGCUGACUGCAUCGGAGCGAACCACUCCGAAUUCACUCCUCUGUGUUCCAGCCACGGCGUGGAUCUGUCCGCCUGCCAUGUACACAAAGACAACACUUUGGUGCUGCUCGUUUUUAUUUCCAACUCCUCCAACUCUGAUGUACAGCAGUUCAUUGUGCAGGUGGACUCAGGAGAUGUUGAGGUGUCCUGUCUCUCUGAAAGUCUAAUAGACGAGUUGAGGUGCCAUCACGUCGAAGUGUGUCAGUACUCCUUGACUGCCAAGAGGCCUUCAGUUCAUCUUGAAGUAUCCGGCCUGGUUUCUUUCAACAUGCCUGACAGAACUCCUCAGACAACCCACUUCUCUUACAAACUGCCGCUUCCCUCCUUCAUCAGGCCUUUGGAGUUGUCCACAGAGGAGUACGGCACCAUGUGGCUGGCCUUCUCGCACGAUACAAAGCAGAACCUGACGCUCGUAGCAGACGUCCAGGAUUCUUUGAGAGCGACGUUGGAUGUGCUGGAGAGGAAACUUCACCUUCAUGUGGUGGCCGUCAUAGGAAUGGAAGGAAUUGUAGCUUGCCGGCUCCUCCGUGACCAGCUAUGUUUGAUGCACUGCCGGGUGCAUGGUGGCACCUUGGCCGUAUGGUUGCGCUCUUCGGUUCCAGACCUGCCCGACUGCCUGCUUUAUCACUGUCAGAGAGUAUUACAGGAAGUUUGAACCAUUGACACCACUGAACUGCAUCAGCUCUGCACCACAGGACAACUGCAAGAGGUAGCAAAUACAAGUCCAGAAAGUAAAAACCCUGCCACAGUUUGGCCUUACCCAUUUACUCAACCAAGUAAAGCUCAAGUAAACGAGCUCUGGGAGCCAAACUGUGGCAGAGUUUUUACUUUCUGGAUCUGGAUUUGCCACCUCUGACAACAGCAGAGAACGAAAAGGGAGUAUCUAAUGGCUGGUAUCUCUAUUACAAUGAUUAUUACCUCCAUCAUUAACUUUCUGGUCAUAACAUUAGGUACUCCUUCAUAACAGAAAUAAGAAUCUUUCAAUUCUAAUACAUGAUUACCGAGAUACAUGAGAGCAAAAUACUAGAAACAGUCCUCAGCAUGUUGCAGACUGCAGACUGAUGUAUCUCAUGAGAAUGCUAGUGUACCUAAUGAUGUGGCCAACAACUGCACGUUAGUUAAAUAUGAUACCCCCCCCCCCCAACCUUUUACAGUAGUUAAAUUGAUCACUAGCUCAACAUCUGGAUCCAAAGAAUUGAACCAUCACAAUAACAACAACAAAAGAGUCUUAAAAUGGUGAAUCCAUCCAUGCUGAAUUAUUGAAAAGGAAAGAAAGCGCUUGUAUUGGCUUACCAAAACUGCUGGAGUAUUGUUUGGAAUUUGCUGUGUGGGUCUUAAAAUGUGUUGCAGCAUUUGAAAGGAAAAUUCUACACUUUGUUCAAUUUCUUCAACUGAGGACACCAUUGCUGAAGUUGACAAACUGAUUCAGAUGAAGCUGACGUUUUGUCUCAAAUGUAGUGAUGAUAACUUUCUCUGAUGUGUUUAUUUUCCUUUCAUGCCAUGUCUUGUUUUAAUCUAUGCACUCGCCUUGCCGGUCGUCAUUUAGUGAGAGGACAAUAAGAGCAAUUCUUAUAUUUUUGUAUUCAAGCAGUGUUGAAUAAACAUAUUUAUUGUUUUUUUAUCUUAACUGAAAGUCUUUUUAUUUAGUUUAAUUUGAAUUAAUAGAUUCAGUCAGCCUUUUUAAUUUAGUACAAAUUGAGAGAACAUAUUUUAUUUUUUUGGUUUUGUUGUCCCUUGUGAAGCAUUUUAGUGUGUCUAAAGCAAACCCAAAGCCUUAUGUUCUAAAGCCAAGGAUGACGCGUUUGGCUUGUGCCCGUGGUACAGAGGGAAGUAGAAGUUCAGAUUCCAGAGUGCCUGAUGCAAAUACAAAAACUUCAAUAAAUUCAUCAAGUGCACCAUAA